AAUUAGCACACGCAGAAUGGCCGCAGUGGAAACGAAACCGAAGCCGGCCUCCGAACUGGUCGAAGAUGCUGAACAGGACGAGGAACACGAACCGUUGUGGGACGAUGACGCUAUGGUGUACGAAGAUUCGUCCGGAGGAAAGAAAAAAAAGAGACGCCCCAGGAAGCCGAAGAAAAAGGCCAGCGCAACGAGGGACGAUGAAGCGUUGAAUGAAGCUUUGCCGGAACAGCAAGAGGCCGCUAAGGAGGAAGCGAAAGAAACGAAGGAAAAGUCCACCACCGGCGACGAUGCCGAAGAGGAGGGCGAAAAUGAUGAAAACGAUGCCGCGGAGACACCGUCCGCGGAUGGGGCCAAGAAAAAGAAGAAGAAGCGCAACAAAAAGAAGCCUGCCGUUGGCAGCGGUGAUGGUGCAGAUGCGGGUGCGAAGGCUGGUGCUGAUGGCCCAAAACUGACGGCUCCGGAAGUUUCGAUAGCGCAACAGUUCCCGGACGGAAAGUUCCCCGAAGGUCAGAUCAUGCAGUAUCCGGACGCAACGAUGGCGAAGGAUCGCUUUACGAGCGAGGAGAAGCGAGCCUUGGACCGUAUGCAUCUCGAUAUCUACAACGAGCUGCGGCAGGCGGCCGAAGCCCAUCGGCAGACGCGCCAGUACAUGCAAAAGUGGAUUAAACCGGGCAUGACGAUGAUUGAGAUCUGCGAGGAGUUGGAAGGUACGGCGCGGAGGUUGAUUGGCGAGAAGGGCCUGGAGGCCGGGUUAGCCUUUCCGACGGGCUGCUCGCGGAACCACUGUGCGGCCCAUUACACGCCGAAUGCCGGCGAUCCGACCGUACUGUUGUACGACGAUGUGACGAAGAUCGACUUUGGGACGCACAUCAAGGGGCGCAUUAUCGAUUGUGCGUUCACGCUUUCGUUCAACCCGAAGUACGACAAGCUGCUGGAAGCGGUCCGUGAAGCGACGGAGACGGGCAUCCGGGAAGCCGGGAUCGACGUCAGGCUGUGCGAUAUCGGGGCUGCCAUCCAGGAGGUGAUGGAAUCGUACGAGGUCGAGCUGGACGGAAAGACGUACCAGGUGAAGAGCAUCCGAAACCUGAACGGCCACUCGAUCAGCCCGUAUCGGAUCCACGCCGGGAAGACGGUGCCGAUCGUGAAGGGCGGCGAAACGACGCGCAUGGAGGAGAACGAGUUUUACGCUAUCGAAACGUUCGGAUCAACCGGCCGCGGUCUGGUGCACGAUGAUAUGGACUGCUCGCACUACAUGAAGAACUACGAGGCACCGAUGGUGCCGCUACGGCUGCAGUCAUCCAAACAGCUGCUCGGUACGAUCUGUCGGAACUUUGGUACGCUGGCGUUCUGCAAGCGUUGGCUGGACCGGGCCGGGGCCACGAAGUACCAGAUGGCGCUGAAAGACCUGUGCGAUAAGGGCAUCGUCGAGGCGUAUCCGCCGCUGUGCGACGUCAAGGGCAGCUACACGGCACAGUAUGAACACACCAUCAUGCUACGGCCAUCCUGCAAGGAAGUCGUUUCGCGUGGUGACGAUUACUAAGGGCGGCACGAAAGCGAAUUGCGAUUGUAGGUGAUGCGCUGCGAAUAUGGAAUUAACGGGAAGAAGCGGCUCCGAAUUGGAAUGAUUUUUGAGAGAUUUUUCAAUCGCACAGAAACGCAGAACCACCGAGCUCCGAGCACACCUCUCAUCUCGGUCACGCGUACAGUCAGUGUUAAUUUUCGAUACAGCUGUGUUGUUCACAAACUCUAACAUCUGUUGUAAUAAAAGUAAGU